AGGGAUGGAAGAAGCGAGUCUGUGCCUUGGAGUGUCCUCGGCGACGCCGGAAGCUGAGCCCCACCUGAGCAGCCCUCUCCUCAAUGGCCAGUAUGCCAUGAGUCAGAAGUUACACCAGGUCACCUCGCAGCUCAGCCAUGCCUUCCCCGAGCUGCACCCGCGGCCCAACCCCGAGGAGAAGACCCCUGCCCCCCUGGAUGAGAAGGCCCACGUGCCCAUGAGUGGCCAGCCCAUGGGCAGUCAGAUGGCACUCCUGGCCAACCAGCUCGGCCGGGAGGUUGACACCAGCCUCAACGGGAGGGUGGACCUGCAGCAGUUCCUCAAUGGGCAGAACCUGGGCAUCAUGUCCCAGAUGAGUGACAUCGAGGACGAUGCUCGCAAAAACCGCAAGUACCCCUGCCCCCUGUGCGGCAAGCGCUUCCGCUUUAACAGCAUCCUCUCCCUGCACAUGCGCACUCACACCGGCGAGAAACCCUUCAAGUGCCCCUACUGCGACCACCGGGCGGCUCAGAAGGGGAACCUCAAGAUUCACCUGCGGACCCACAAGCUAGGCAACCUGGGCAAGGGGCGUGGGCGAGUGCGCGAGGAGAACCGCCUGCUGCAUGAACUGGAGGAGAGGGCCAUCCUGCGGGACAAGCAGCUCAAGAGCAGCCUUCUGCAGCCCCGGCCUGACCUCAAGCCCCCGCCGCAUACCCAGCAGGCCCCGUUGGCCACCUGCAACCUAGCCCUGCCUGCCAACCACAGCAUGCCUGACGUGGCCAACCCGGUGCCCUCGCCCAAGCCGGCCAGCAUGCAGGAGGACGUGGUGGCCCCGGCGGCUGGCUUCCGCUGCACCUUCUGCAAGGGCAAGUUCAAGAAGCGGGAGGAGCUGGACCGCCACAUCCGCAUCCUGCACAAGCCCUACAAGUGCACGCUGUGUGACUUCGCAGCCUCCCAGGAGGAGGAGCUCAUCAGCCACGUGGAGAAGGCCCACAUCACUGCCGAGUCAGCCCAGGGCCAGGGCCCCAACGGCGGUGGGGAGCAGUCAGCCAAUGAGUUCCGCUGCGAGGUGUGCGGCCAGGUGUUCAGCCAGGCGUGGUUCCUGAAAGGCCACAUGCGGAAACACAAAGACUCCUUUGAGCACUGCUGUCAGAUCUGUGGCCGGCGCUUCAAAGAGCCCUGGUUCCUGAAGAACCACAUGAAGGUGCACCUCAACAAGCUGUCCGUGAAGAACAAGUCCCCCAGCGACCCUGAGGUGCCGGUGCCCAUGGGCAGCAUGUCCCAGGAGGCUCAUGCCAACCUGUACUCGAGGUACCUCUCCUGCCUGCAAAGUGGCUUCGUGGCUCCAGACAAGGCAAGCCUGAGUGAGCCCAGCCAGCUCUAUGGCAAAGGGGAGCUGCCCAUGAAGGAGAAGGAGGUCCUGGGGAAGCUGCUGUCUCCCAUCUCCAGUAUGGCCCAUGGCGUCCCCGAGGGCGACAAACACUCCCUCCUGGGGUGCCUCAACCUCGUGCCACCGCUGAAAUCCAGCUGCAUCGAGCGGUUGCAGGCAGCGGCCAAAGCAGCCGAGAUGGACCCCGUGAACAGCUACCAGGCUUGGCAGCUCAUGGCCAGGGGCAUGGCCAUGGAACAUGGCUUCUUGUCUAAAGAGCAUCAGCUACAGCGCAACCACGAAGACACUUUGGCAAACGCCGGAGUGAUGUUUGAUAAGGAGAAGCGGGAGUACAUGUUAGUGGGAGCAGAUGGCUCCAAACAGAAAAUGCCUGCUGAUUUGGUUCACAGCACUAAAGUGGGCAAUCAGAGAGACCUGCCAAGUAAGCUCGACCCUUUAGAAGGCAGUCGGGAUUUUUUGUCACACGGGCUGAACCAGGCGCUCGAUUACAACCUGCAGGGUCACGGGAACAUGAAGGAGAAGCCCACCGAGUGCCCUGACUGUGGCCGGGUGUUCCGCACCUACCACCAGGUGGUCGUGCACUCCCGAGUUCACAAGCGGGACCGCAAGGGGGACGAGGACGGGCUGCACACGUGCCUGGAUGAGAGACGGGGGUCCGGCAGUGACCAGGAGUCCCAGUCAGUCAGCCGUUCCACCACGCCAGGCUCCUCCAAUGUCACCGAGGAGAGUGGGGUCGGCGGUGGCCUCUCCCAAACAGGGAGUGCCCAGGAGGACAGCCCGCACCCCUCCUCGCCGUCCUCCUCAGACGUUGGUGAGGAGGCUGGGAGAUCCGCCGGCGUCCAGCAGCCAGCGCUGCUUCGAGACCGGAGCCUGGGCUCGGCCAUGAAGGACUGCCCAUACUGUGGGAAAACUUUCCGGACGUCCCAUCACCUAAAGGUCCACCUGAGGAUACACACAGGUGAGAAACCCUACAAAUGUCCCCACUGUGACUAUGCCGGUACCCAGUCAGCGUCCUUAAAAUACCACUUAGAACGACACCAUCGUGAGCGACAGAAUGGGUCUGGGGCUCUGUCUGGACAGCCCCCAAACCAAGACCACAAGGAUGAGAUGCCCAACAAAGCCUCAUUGUUUAUCAGGCCAGACAUCCUCAGGGGCGCCUUUAAGGGCCUCCCUGGAAUCGACUUUAGAGGGGGCCCUGCCUCUCAGCAGUGGACCUUGGGAGUGCUCUCAUCUGGAGACCAUUCAGGGCAGGCCACUGGCAUGUCUUCCGAGGCUCCUUCAGACACUCUGAAAGGCGCUGACCUUCCUUCCAAAAGUACCCACUUCUCUGAAAUUGGAAGAGCUUAUCAAAGCAUUGUGAGCAAUGGUGUGAAUUUCCAAGGGUCUUUACAAGCAUUCAUGGAUAGCUUUGUCUUAAGUUCCUUGAAGAAGGAGAAAGAAAUGAAGGACAAAGCCCUGUCUGACCCUCAUUCCAUGAAAGUCCAUGGGGCAGACUGUGGUGAGGAGAAACCCAGUGGUAAACCCUCACAGAGGAAGUCUGAGAAAUCUCAGUACGAACCUCUGGACUUGUCAGUGAGGCCAGAUGCUGCUUCCCUUCCCGGCUCCUCGGUGACUGUUCAAGAUAAUAUUGCGUGGCAUGGCUGCUUGUUUUGUUCUUUCACAACAUCCUCCAUGGAACUGAUGGCCCUUCAUCUCCAGGCCAAUCACCUGGGCAAGGCAAAGCGCAAAGAUAAUGCCCUGGGGAUACCUGUAAAUUGCAAAGAUCAGGCCAGGGAGGCAAGUAAAAUGGCCCUGCUACCCACAGUACAAUCAAACAAAGAGAUGGGGCUUCCCCAUAUGAUUGGCCCUCUAGACUCUGCUUCUGAGAAGAUCACCCAAGGGCAGGUCAAGGACACUAUGGGGGAGCAGAAGAGCAGCACUUGGUCCAGUCACGUGGACCCUGCUUUUUGCAACUUCCCGUCAGACUUCUACAAGCAGUUUGGUGUUUACCCAAGCAUGGCUGGCUCGGGAGCCUCCAGUGCCUGUCCCAGCAGCGAGCCUGAUGGGAAGACCCACCCUGAAGAUGAUGCCCCUAUCCUGAUCCCUGAAACCACAAAUAAAAACACUACUGAUGACCUGUCCGACAUUGCCUCCUCAGAGGACAUGGACUCCUCCAAGGGAGAGAACAAUGAAGAAGAGGAUAUUGAGACCGAACCUGAAAUGAUGAGCAAGCCCCUGCCUACCCUCAGCAAGGACAGUAGCAGUGAUGGUGGGGACAGCCUGCUGUCUACGAGUGCCCCCCAGCCUGCCCAGGGACUUGUGUCACCUCUACCCCAAGUUUCGGAGAAGCAGUGGCACAGCCCAAGCCUUCUUCCAGCCCAGGAGACCUCAGCAGGCCUGCCAAAGCCAGAGCGGGGCCCUCUGGGUCUGGAGAAGCCUGUGAACAUGCUGUCGGUCCUCAGGGCCUACAGCUCUGAUGGCUUAGCAGCCUUUAACGGACUUGCAAGUAGCACAGCAAAUUCUGGAUGUAUCAAGAGGCCAGACUUGUGUGGUAAGUGACAUCCCCUGUUCUAGUCGGUCUAUCUGGACUUACCCUUGUCUGUUCGUGCUCCUCGGUGGUUAUCUGCAGCUUGUUAUUCGUGUAAAGUCAAGAGAAGAAUGUAUACACAUAUGUGUGUUGAAUAAAUAAUUACUAUUGGCAUAGGUAUGUGUAUACACACGGCACACCAACCUACAGUAUAUAUAGCAAAUAAUCAUGGAGGCUAAAAAUAUUGCCCCAUAUGUUCCACUAUUAGUCAUGGAUUGCAAAGGCUUAGUAACUUGAACAGGAGAGAAAAUUCCCUCAAAAUCAUAAAUCCUGAUGAUAAAUGCUGGUGGAUGGAGGUCCCUUCACCUGUGAACAACCUGACUGUGGGGUCUCUUCUGCAAGCUCACCACAGCCUCUAGAGAUGGUCUAGCCCGGGAUGGUCUCGUUGGCAUUACUGCUUGUGUCUGAUUGUCCUGUAUUUUGUAACACUUUAGAAGAAUACUGAAAAGUGCAGUAAUUAUCUUUCUCCAUAGUAUUUAAGCAGUAAUAUUGCUAGUUUAAUAUUGUGUCAGGUCGUCAUAUUAACCAGGAAUAAAUGACAGUAAAAUUCCAGUGAACAGCACCUUGACAUCCACAAUUUAAAAAUGGUGAUUGAAGCAAAAUGUGUAAACUUGUACUGGGUUAUCGUGUGCUUUGGAAUAGAGUAUUGUUGAAGUAAUUAGAAGAUAUAUUAAGGUGUUCCUGGUAAUGAAGGCAUGUAAGUUAUAAUAAUUGUAGCUUUCUGAAUAAGUGUCAAACUAUAUCUUUAAGUGUGCUGUAUGCUGAGUUACAAGUUAGGUCAUUUAUGAAUGGAAUGUAAAACAAUACUAAAACUGCUUCAAUAACUUAUCUUGGUAUUGCUAAUAAAAAAAAAGCUGUGAAACAUUA